GACCCGUACGGGUCACGGCAGCCAAUGCAACAGCGCCCGCCGCAGUACCGCUCGUCGCCGCACCAACACCAGCAGCUCCCACCGUUUAUGAGGCCUGGCGAUGCACGCCAAAUGAGGGUUGGCAAAUGCCCCGACAACACAUUGGCUCUGACCAACUUGCUGGCCGUCAGCUCGCAGGACUUUGAUGCCAGCACUCACUAUGUUCGCAUCAACAACGACUACAUUUUCAACGUGCAUCCAGUUGACGCGCUGCCAUCCGGCAUGAUCGGCCCGUCGCGUAUCCAGCGUACCUGGGCACAGUUCUCAAUCAACCAGGAGGUGCUUGUCGAGGCCAUGUCGAACCCAGGCGCUGACCCAAAGUCGAACGUAUUUGCGAUCAGCAUGGAUGUCGACAUCUCUUUCCUGUCGCCAAACCAAGAGACAGCUCUGCGUGUUGACUCGGAGGAAGUCUCACAGCUUCUGCGAACCAACUUUGGACAACCAGAUCUUCAGCGUCAGGCCAAGCCAUUUGUAUUUGACUUCCGCGGAUACAACCUCAAGGCCACUGUAACCAGCCUGGCUGUUGUCCCGCUCGACGUCCUGCAGGACAGCAAGGGUGAAGGGAGCUCGGCCUAUGACAGCGCGCCAGCAGCUGAGUACGGUAUCUUGACGAGCCUGACCACGAUCAAUGUGUCAAAGGCCCAGGGCUCAAUGAUCGAUGACAAGGAGUUCAGCAACAUCUUCCGCCGUGCGUUCGCCUCGCGCAUCUUCCCACCCGAGCUGGUCGACAAGCUCGGCAUCCAGCAUACCCUGAUGGCCCGGCAGAUUGGCAAGAUGCUCAAUGCCGUUGAGCCUCUGAUCGUCUCGGGACCCGAGAUUCUGAACAAAUACGUCGGCCAGUCUGAGGAAAACGUGCGCAAGCUGUUUGAGCCUGCUGAGAAGGAGUACAAGGAGAAGGGGGACGAGAGCCAGCUGCACAUUAUCAUCUUUGACGAGCUCGAUGCCAUCUGCAAGCAGCGAGGAUCAAAGAACGACGGCACCGGAGUCGGCGACUCUGUGGUCAACCAGCUUUUGGCCAAAAUGGAUGGCGUGGACCAACUCAACAACAUCCUGAUUAUUGGAAUGACCAACCGUAAGGAGCUUAUCGACGACGCGCUGCUGCGUCCGGGACGUCUGGAGGUUCAGAUCGAGGUUGGACUGCCUGACGAGGGUGGCCGUCUGCAGAUCAUCAAAAUUCACACAGCCAAGAUUCGUGACAACGACAUUCCUGGACGCGGACGUCUGACGAAAAACUACAGCGGUGCUGAAAUUGCUGGCCUGGUCAAGUCAGCAUCGUCGUUUGCCUUCAACCGGCACAUCAAGGUUGGAAGCAUGUCGCAGUUGACCCAGGACAUCUCGGACAUGAAGAUUCAGCGUGGCGACUUUUUGAACGCUCUGGAUGAAGUCAAGCCAGCGUUUGGAAUUGCCUCGGAGGAGUUUGACCAGUGUAUCCUUGACAAGGCGCACCUGUUUGUCGAGCAGCCGCUUGUCAGUGCGCUGGCUGCCACAGUGGCGAUGCAGAGCGCGUAUCCGUUCGUCAAGCUUGUGUCGCCCGAGAACAUGAUUGGAUACACCGACAGCCAGAAGAUCGCGGCUAUCACCAAGAUCUUCAACGACUCGUACAAGUCGCCACUCAGCCUGAUUCCGCGAUUCUCGAACAGUGUGCUGCAGGCGCUACUGGUGUUGGUCAAGAAGCAGCCGCCCAAGGACCGCAGGCUGUUUAUUAUUGGCACCACCAGUGAGCGGCGUGUGUUAGAGGAAAUGGACCUGGCGAAUGCGUUUACCAACGAGAUUUAUGUGGACAGCAUCAAGUCGCUGGAGUCGAUCGAGGCUGUAGUGCGCCAUAGCGUGUUUGCUGAGAUUUCUCAGACUAUCGGUGACCGGGAGGUCAGCAUCGGUACAGCGCGCCAGGACUCUGACAAGCGCUCAAGAUUCAAGGUCGAAGUAAUGUCUGCAAUUUAACUUUUGCUGGCACAGUGUCUUUGAUGCUUUGGCCUUCCCUUUUCAUAUCUACCUUCUCGGUUACUUUUUACUACAUUGCCACUUCCUGAAAUAUAUCUUUGCC